UUGAUGCCUAUACUCCAUUCUCCAAUGUCGCCACCCGUUUUGGAUAGAUUAGAUAAUCAUAGAAUAUCCGUACAAUACUGUUCAUUGCACUUUUCAUAUUGCUCCAGCAUUUAGCCCUGAAACGGUUGUCUCUGAAGCUGUGCAUAACCUAAGGUAAGAGCUGCGUAAUGGCGUCCGAAGACAUUACAAUGUCUGCGCACUCACACGAUGAUCACCACCAUCAUCACGAUCAUCACCACGAUGACCACGAUCAUCAUCAUCACGAUGAACACGAUCAUCAUCAUUCCUCGGAUGCAGUAGCUGCUACAUCAUGGAUCGGUCCUGAUGGCAAAAAAUAUCACACCCAUGAUGGGUUGGCUCCCCAUUCACAUGAGCCUUUGUAUUCCCCAGGAUAUUUUACUCGGAGGGCACGUCGACUUGCCACUAGAGAUUUUAAGGAUCGAGCUUUUACUAUUGGCAUUGGUGGUCCAGUUGGCACUGGGAAAACCGCUUUGAUGUUGGCUCUGUGUCAGGCCUUGCGAGACAAGUACAGCAUUGCAGCAGUAACAAAUGAUAUUUUUACCAAAGAAGAUGGUGAAUUCUUGGUGAAACAUGGCGCUCUUCCUGCAGAAAGAAUUCGUGCUGUUGAAACUGGAGGCUGCCCACAUGCUGCAAUUCGAGAAGAUAUUAGUAUUAAUUUAGGCCCUCUUGAAGAGUUGUCAAAUCUUUUCACAGCAGACAUACUUCUCUGUGAAUCUGGAGGAGAUAAUCUGGCUGCAAAUUUCAGCAGAGAGCUAGCAGACUAUAUCAUCUAUAUCAUUGAUGUUUCCGGAGGUGAUAAGAUUCCUCGAAAAGGUGGCCCAGGGAUUACCCAAGCAGAUCUACUUGUAAUUAAUAAGACUGAUCUUGCGGCAGCAGUUGGAGCUGACUUAAAAGUUAUGGAGCGUGAUGCACUUCAGAUGCGUGAUGGAGGACCAUUUGUUUUUGCACAGGUAAAGCAUGGACUCGCGAUUCAAGAGAUAGUUGAUCACGUACUUCAAGCUUGGGAAGAAGCUACACAACAGAAACGGCACUGAACUUGGAUGAACAUUAUGAAAAGCAUAAUUUAAGAUCACACGGAAACAUACUUUUUUCUUCAAGACUAUAUAAGAUAGCUUUUCCAUUGUAAAUGAGCUUAAAUAUAUGCUAAAAACAAUAAAUUUGUGGCUUGAAAAUUCAACGUGCCUUGCAAAGUUAUAAAAGGAAUCCCCGAUGUUAUAUGAUGUUACGAGGGUUUUAUUGAUGGUAGCAGUACAUGAAAAAACUUCAAUUAAUUGCCACUAAUCAUGACCUGCCA